UCAGCGAGAGGCGAGAGACAGCAUCCAGCAAAACCCAUCAGCCAGCAUCCGCGCGAGCUGUUCGAAUUUGCGAAAAACGUUUGUAAAAUAAUUAAUUAACUGCAAUUAGCGCCCUAUAACUUCCUCAUAUUUGUAUGUGCAAUAAGUUUAAAGUGCUGUUGUAAGAAAUCCGUGUCGAGAAAGUGCUAGAUUUUGUUGUACGACGCGGAACCAAAGCGGAAAAAGGGUUCUGCGUUUUGUUUGUUUUCAUCGAUUAUUGAUCUCAUUUUUUUCGCUGUAGGUUAAUCCCCGGGUGGGGCGGCAGCUUUCCAAUGUCUAAGAUGACCAAAAAUAAAUUAAAUCUAACCCUGCCGCCGGGUUCGGUGGAUGUUCCGGCAGGGCAGCAAACCACACCGACUCCGUCGUUUAGGACGCCCUCCGGGACCGAGUACGUAAUCGGGAAGCAUAACUUGCUGGGCAAGGCCAAGAACAGUAUCGAUGCACUGACUGAAACGUUGGAGGAGCUCGAGAUAGACGAGAAUGCCCGUAAACGGAUCAAGGUGUUCCUGAGUCAGAAAGAGAAAAUCGGAGAACUGAGCGACGAGGAUCUGGAGAAGCUGGGAGAGCUUGGUUCCGGCAAUGGAGGCGUUGUGAUGAAGGUUCGACACAUUCCCACCCAAUUGAUCAUGGCCCGGAAGUUGAUCCAUCUGGAGGUCAAACCGGCCAUCAAGAAGCAGAUCAUUCGGGAGCUAAAGGUGCUGCACGACUGUAACUUCCCGCACAUAGUAGGCUUCUAUGGGGCAUUCUACAGUGAUGGAGAAAUCAGUAUUUGCAUGGAGUACAUGGAUGGGGGUUCGUUGGAUUUAAUCCUGAAACGGGCGGGUCGAAUCCCGGAACCGAUUUUAGCCAAGAUUACGAGCGCUGUCCUGAAAGGGUUGAGUUAUUUGCGCGAUAAGCAUGCAAUCAUGCAUCGGGACGUGAAACCAAGCAAUAUUUUGGUGAACAGCAGCGGAGAGAUUAAGAUUUGUGAUUUUGGAGUGUCCGGACAGUUGAUCGAUUCGAUGGCCAACUCGUUUGUUGGAACUCGGAGCUACAUGUCGCCGGAACGCCUUCAGGGCACUCACUACUCGGUCCAGUCAGACAUCUGGUCCCUGGGACUGUCUCUAGUUGAGAUGGCCAUCGGUAUGUACCCGAUUCCCCCGCCGGAUGCUCGCAUGUUGGACCAGAUCUUCCAGGAUCGUGGUGGCGACGAUAGUUCACCGGGACAAAACAUAAUCGAACCGAAACCGAUGGCCAUCUUCGAGCUACUCGAUUACAUCGUCAACGAACCUCCGCCGAAACUGGAGCACAGUUCCUUCACCGAUCGGUUCAAAGAUUUCAUCGAUAAAUGUUUGAAAAAGAACCCCGAGGAGCGGGCCGAUCUAAAGACGUUAAUGAACCACGACUGGAUCAAAAACAUUGAACAGGAGCACGUCGACAUUGCCGGGUGGGUUUGUAAAACGAUGGAUCUGCUUCCGUCCACGCCGAAGCGGAAUGCAUCACCCAACUAGAUCGACCGUGAGGCCGUUCAGAGCGCAUUUCCUUAAUCUCUUGAAUCCAAUUUGUAUAUGUGUGUAUUCGCCGGAUCGCUGUUGGUCGUAAUUGUGUGGAAGCAACUUCCCGAACCAGCUAUCAAAAACAAAAACGUGAAACAACAAAAGUCUAUUCUCGUAUUACAUGAUAUAGUACAUAUACGGUGUGUAAAAGAUCGUUACAAUCAAUCAGGACAGCGCGCACGUCUCUCGUGUUUCCGUAUCCUUACCUUUUGCGCCUAGCUUUUAAGUUGAGCCUUUUGUUUCGUUACUGUAAAAAUUCAAAAGUUUCUCACAAAAGUUUAUUUUAUAAAUUUUUUUUGUUCCAAUUCGUAUUCGUUGCUCCAAUUUGUGAUUUUUCUCUCGAGGAUGGUUUGAUUUCUAAUACUCAGUCAUAAUUUUUGUUGCAUUAUUUUUUUUUAAAUGAAAGCUCGAGGUACCCCUUAUUUCUUAGGAUCAUUUUUUAUCAUUCGCACCAGCCAAAAAUUUUAAACUACUCAUGCAAGAAAAAGAAGAAGAAAAAACAACUCUGUAACUGAAUGUCAGUGUUAUAUUCCUUAUCCUCAGAAAUAUUUGAAUAAACAAAAAUUUUCAAGACCCAAACCAAAAA